AUGCCUCACAAACACAAGAGACGUGGCGAAGCCGAUGCAGAGCACUUCAAUCUCCCACCUACAGAGAUCGCAAGAGCACUUCCAGUCCGCGAUUUAGUCAAGCCCAAGCUAGGCAAGAACGGCAAAAAAAUCGUCAACAAGAAAGACCAAAACUCGAGCGCCAACAAAGCCCCCACCCACCGCCUCAAGAAUGUCACCGAAGAUGACACCCCGAAAGCCUUCCGCCGCCUAAUGCAAUACCAGCAAACAGGUCGCCGGGCCCCAUCAGGACUAGAGACGGGCGAGCGGAAGCGCAAGCGCAAUGCCACAGACGACGCAACGUCGUCAAAGAAGUCCGCGCAGGCAGCGGAAACGCAAAAAAACAAAGCCGCCGCUAAGGAGGCUAAGGAGAAGGCCGAAAUGCCUAAGAUCAUGCCUGGCGAGCGAUUGUCUGAGUUUGUGGCUCGCGUUGAUCGCGAAAUGCCAUUGUCGCAGAUGACCAAGUCUGUUAAGACGGGCGACGCCAAGAACAAGGAGCAGCACAAGAAAACGAAGCACGAGAAGCAUCUGCUGCGACUGCAGAAGGGGUGGCGUGAGGAGGAGGCUAAGAUCCGGGAGAGAGAGCAGGAGGAGCGGGAAGAGCGGGAGGAUGCGAUGGAGGAUGAGUUGCGGCAGUGGAAGGAGUGGGAGAUUGAGGCUGCUGGAGGAAAGAAGAAGGCGAAGAAAAACAAGAAGAAGGGUGCUAAUGGGAAUGAUGAUAGCGGAGACGAUGAUCCUGAUCCUUGGGCGAAGCUUAAGAAGCGCGACGAGGAGCGGAAGAAGAAUCCAUUUGAGAUUGCGAAGGCGCCGCCUCAGUUGGUUAAACCCCGGGAGAUCUUUAAGGUGCGCGGUGGAGCUAAGGUUGAUGUUGCCAAUGUGCCUGCUUCGGUUGGAAGUUUGAGACGCCGUGAGGAGUUGGCAGGUGAGCGGAGGAAUAUUGUUGAGGAAUACCGGAAGUUGAUGGCUGCCAAACGGGGGUGA